CUCAAACGUGCUUUAGCACUAGCAACCUGCCAAGUGCACUCUCCAUUCAUACACAGCAGACAGAUGAAAUUCCGGUAUGAAUGUCACAACAUGAGGGGACUUUUCACAUCUUUCCCAUGCAAUGUCAACGUCUUAAUGUGCAUAUGUUCAGCAUCAAUGUACAAAUUACUUCCGGGUGAUUCCUGCAACGUCACUUCUAAAUACAUGUUCUCUGAUUCUGUCUCUCCCCAGGUCGCUCCAGAUGCCAUGUACCUGACAGAUGAUGGCAAUGGGGCCAUUUUCCCCCUGCCCUCUGGGGAAUUCCCCAUUGGGUCCAUGAUGACCAUGGGCCACUUUGAGGUGCAGGGGCAGCCAACCCCAGCUGCAUCUCCAACGCCAGGUCCAGCCCCCUUCUCUUUCUCCUCUCCCUCCGCCUCACCUACACCUGUCCCCUUUUCCUUCUCCGGUGGGCCAAGGACCUUCCCCCCGAGGGCUUCAGGGCACUUUGGGAAAACCUUUCAAAGGUCCAUCAAUGUGGGGGAGGUAGCGGGCAACCGCAUUUUGACCAAAAAAACGUUGGUGGUCCGCUUCUCAGAGGCAGAGGCGAAUGUGGAGGCCAUCCUUCUAAAGGCGAGGGAGGCCCUGGGCCAGGUGGAGGAGACCUUUGUCCUGACCGACAGUCAGGGCAAUGAAAUACAGGACUCCGAUGGCACAAGAACAUCGCAGUUCUGGAGGCAGAACAGCCGAAAGGUUUUCGUGCUGCUGGAGGGGGAAUUUGAGGACCUCCAGCAGCAAAGACGGGCCAAAGUGAGUCGCAGGGAAGACAACACCCUGCUGGACCGGGCAGAGGAGGUGAAGGUGGCUGCCGAGUCCCUGGAGAAUGUGGCUAACGCCAUUAAGAAGCUGUCAGAGGUGGCUACUGCCCACCUGCAAAGACCAAGCUUCCAGCCCGCCAAGGAUGCUAUGUCCUGCCUGGUUUGCAAAGGUAUGGAAAAACGUUGAUGCCACACAUGCACAUAACUGAGACAUGUAGUCUUUUUUCAGAGAUGUAUAAAGCACUGGAGUGGAGGAGUGGAGUAGAGGUUCAUUCAUUCUUUAUGCAUUCAUAGAUUCAAUGACAAAGUUUUUGAUUAACAUUACAAAAGCGAUUGAUGUCUGAUGAAAAAACUGAGAUUUGUACAUAGCCAUUUGCAUGGGUGGACAAAAGGAAACUGCUGAAAGCAUUGAGAAACUGACUUUUGGAACUGCAUAGGUGACACCAGAAUGUUAAACAUGAACAACAACUUUUGAGAAUUUUAAUUCUGUUGUGAGAAAUGUGCCAAACCAACUUAGAAAAGCUGUAAGUACUGAACGGGUGGAGACGGAGCAGGGUGGGUUGGUUUCACUGGGCAGACGUUUAAAGUUCUUUAGUGUAGCCUACGUCUUGGGUAGGUUAUAUUAUGUCAGCUGUGAUGUGACCUGUUUAAUUUACCUCAUUUAUUUAUCUUGUCAUUGUGUGUUCUGCAGCGGUUUUCGUGGAUCCACAAUUCGCGACAUGCUGUGAAUCCUUGGUGGGCUGCAGGGUCUGUGUGCAGCGGUGGUGUGCCUCCUCCUCUGCCUGAAGUGCCGUGCAGCAAACUUUGCUGCCAACGUCCUAGCAGUGCGUGGCUUGUCUCCGGCUGCUGAUUUCUUCAGGGACUUUGAUGUUGAUGCCUAAUUUCUUUUUAGUGUGUGUGUGUGUGUUUCCUUUAAGACAGUUUCCACCCCGUUACCCGUUGGAGCUUCUUUUCACUCCUGUUACGUUUUGGCAUGCAACACACCUCACUGCACCUCACUGCAUUGUUCACGCAUCCAUGCACUCACUCUAUUGUUCACGCAUCCAUGCACUCACUCUACAUUACUGACUUUACUGACUUCCACGCUCUACCGUUUUGCUCCUGUUCGUCUUUGUUUGUGUUCAUUGUUAUAAUAAAUUACUUGUUAUUUUGUAUUUAAACACUGCGUCCUUCCUUUUGUCAUGGCUUUCGAGCCAAGUCGUGACAGCUUGUAUCUCAAUAAGUCUUUGUUUUGUCAACACACUAUUUUGUGUUUGUGCACUUGCUCUUUGAGUUCUAUACACUUAUUACAGUACCUUUUUUAACACCAAAUUUUAAGUUGUUCUAAAUGAAACUGUUUUCCUUCACAGAAAAUGGGCGGUGAGUCUAAUGCAAAUGUUUCACCUGAGCUUAAUUUGCAGUUUUCAAUCAGCUUUAUCGAGACAGAAAAAACAAUGACCAAUGCUUACGGAAUGUUUCAUUUGUUAUAUGAGCAAUUUUUUAUUAUGUUGUGGUUACAGAUUACAGCUUAGGCAUGCCUUCUUGCUGAGUCAAUUAGGUACAGCAGGGCAUCCUGAAAAGGCUUAAAGUGGUUGUGCACUGCACCUUCGUACAUCACAGCCAUGUUGGUAAAUACUGCCACGAACUCUGCCUCUGCCCUCAUCUUGGCUUCAGGUGUUGUGAAAGGGUCUUGUCCGAAGCAUGAGUCCCUGGCCAGAGAGGAGUUCAGCUCCCGGUCAUACCACGCAGCUGCCUCUGGGGGCGAUGGCAAGAGCUCCUCUGACAGUUUGACCUUGCAGCCAUUUUCGGCCAAGUGAUUUGGCACACCCCUUCCUGUACAAAAAAAAAAAAAAUGAGGUGAUGUGUUCAGAGAUGGGACAUUGUUUGUAGUUCCACGUAAAACUGUCACGUCUUAAAUGUCUUAACACCAACUUGUUUAUAUAUGCAUAGCACUGAAGUUCACCUGGUAUCGCAUGAGCAUUCCAUGCUCCCACUACCCUUUCGAUGCCGAUGCUGCUCACUUGGCACAGAAGUUUAGAUGCACAGAACUUCACAGCAUUGUCCUCCAUAUUGACAAGCUCCUUGUCCUGUAGGUCCACAAGAGCCGCUUUCAAAGGGUAGUUCACCCUGUUGUUAACUUCCACCCAUAUCCUUUCAAUUCUGUGGUUCUAAAGCAGAAAAAGAAUUCCAAGUUGUGAAACUUCAUUGAUUACAA